GUAAAGCAAUAUAUCAAUAUGUUAAUUUAGAUUAUCGAUGGGAUUUAUCAGUUGCUGAAGAACAGCCAAAGCCAAAACCAAUUGAAAAACUAAAACCGGAAACAUUCGACUUAAUGAUAAGUUAUUGUCAUGCGCAAAAAGAAAUUUGUCAUAAAAUGUAUGAUCGAUUUAAAAUUGAUAAAUUUCAUGUGUGGAUUGAUAAAGAAAAUAUGUAUGGUUCAGUUUUAGAAUCAAUGGCUGAAGCAAUUGAACAGUCAGAUAUUGUACUUGUUUGUAUGUCAAGUAACUACAAAGAAUCUAAUGCUUGCCAUUUGGAAGCAGCAUAUGCAUGGAAACGGAAACGUAAAAUGAUUCCAGUUAAAGUUGAAGAAAAAUAUGAUCCCACAGGAUGGCUUGGGUUGCUGCUUGGAGGUGAUAAACAGUAUAUUGAUUUUAUUAAAUUAGGUUUUGACACAGCUUAUACGGAGUUACUUAAAGAAAUUCAGAUGGUUAAAAAUUCUGAUCGUAAAUAA